AAAGGUUUGAAUUUUAUAAGCAUUUAUUUAGGUGCUGCUAAAGACACUUUUCAUUUCCUUUAUACCUAUGCAGUUCUUCCAGUUGCAGUCACUGCUCUUAAUAUUAUUCGAGAUUCAAAUGAGCGAGGAGAAAUUUAUGUUGCUGAACCACAUGUUAGAGAUAAGCUUAUUCCUCCAUCGAAAAGUCUGGAAUGGCGUCGUUGGCAAGAAGCAGUAAAAUUCAUUAACUUAAAUGAAUCACGCGUUUGCACAGAAAGGCGGGUCAUUAACGGAGUUGAAUGUUCAGUAUGGCGUUGGAUUCCAGCUAAAAAAACUGGCUGGCAGGGCAAUGGUACUUCUUUUUUUUAA